AUGGCCGACAUCAAGACGGGCAUCUUCGCUAAGAACGUCCAGAAACGACUCAACCGCGCGCAGGAAAAGGUCCUUCAGAAGCUUGGGAAAGCCGAUGAGACAAAAGAUGAACAAUUUGAAGAAUAUGUCCAGAACUUCAAACGGCAAGAGGCAGAGGGUACAAGACUUCAGCGAGAACUCCGAGGAUAUUUAGCAGCUAUCAAAGGCAUGCAAGAAGCCUCGAUGAAGCUCACCGAGUCUCUGCAUGAAGUCUAUGAGCCUGACUGGUAUGGGCGGGAAGAAGUGAAGAUGGUUGGCGAGAAAUGUGAUGUUCUGUGGGAAGACUUCCAUCAAAAACUAGUAGAUGGGUCCUUGCUGACACUGGAUACUUAUCUGGGCCAAUUUCCUGACAUAAAGAACCGCAUUGCAAAGCGCAGUAGGAAGCUGGUUGACUAUGACAGUGCUCGCCACCAUCUGGAAGCUUUACAGAGCUCCAAGAGGAAGGAUGAGAGUCGAAUAUCUAAGGCAGAAGAGGAAUUUCAGAAAGCACAGAAAGUGUUUGAAGAGUUUAAUGUUGACUUACAAGAAGAAUUACCAUCAUUAUGGUCAAGGCGAGUUGGAUUUUAUGUCAAUACUUUCAAAAAUGUCUCUAGCCUUGAGGCCAAAUUUCAUAAGGAAAUUGCAGUGCUCUGCCACAAACUGUAUGAAGUGAUGAUGAAACUGGGUGACCAGCAUGCUGACAAGGCCUUCACCAUUCAAGGAGCUCCCAGUGAUUCGGGUCCUCUCCGCAUCGUGAAGACACCAUCGCCACCCGAGGAGCCUUCCCCCAUCCCGAGCCCGACAGCUAGUCCCAAUCAUAUACUAGUGCCUGGGUCUCCGGCACCAGCACGGCCUCGGUCACCUUCACAGACAAGGAAAGGGCCUCCUGUCCCACCUCUGCCUAAAGUCACCCCAACAAAGGACCUGCAGCAGGAGAACAUCAUCAAUUUCUUUGAGGACAACUUUGUUCCAGAAAUCAGUGUGACGACACCUUCCCAGAAUGAAGUUUCUGAGGUGAAGAAAGAGGAAACUUUGUUGGAUCUGGACUUUGACCCUUUCAAGCCUGAGAUAGCCUCUGCAGUUUCUGCUGGAGUGACCCACUCACCUAUGUCUCAGACCUUGCCCUGGGACCUAUGGACGACAAGCACUGAUUUGGUACAGCCGGCUUCAGGUGGUUCAUUUAAUGGAUUCACCCAGCCCCAGGAUACUUCAUUAUUCACGAUGCAGACAGACCAGAAUAUGAUCUGUAACUUGGCUGAAUCUGAACAGGCUCCAACCACUGAGCCAAAAACAGAGGAGCCUCCUGCCGCUGCAACAUCUGCUGUUGUGCUGGACCCUGGACUGGACACCCAGGCUGAGGAGCCAGUGGAAGAGGCAGUGAUCAUACCUAGCACUGAUGCUGAUGGGAUUGUUGGGACCUUAUUGUCAGCAGGAGAGGGAACCCCAGUGGAGGAAGGAGAGACAGAGAAGGCAGCUCUUCCUCCUGGGGAAGAAGCAAGCUUGGAGGAGACCAAGAUUGAUACUGUAACCACAGAAGUCAUAGAUAGUGACAGAUCGCAACCAGAAGAAACUGAAACAGCAGCAAUUCAGGAGAAGGUCAUCCCUUAUGUUGUCAUAGAACCUGCCUCCAACAAUGAAGGGGAAGGAGAACACGAAAUAACCAUAGGUGCAGAGUCCAAGAAGGUGACUGAAGAUACAGCUCUUCCGGGCCCCACCAGCGAGACACCAGAACUGGCCACCGAGCAGAAGGCCACUGAGGACUCCCAGCCAGUGCCCUCCGCUCCGUCUGCAGGCGAGGCCUUUCAGGAAGUGCCUCCUGGCUUUCUCUACAAGGUGGAAGCACUUCAUGAUUUUGAGGCAGCAAAUUCUGAUGAACUUACCUUACAAAGGGGCGACGUGGUGUUGGUGAUCCCCUCAGAUUCAGAAGCUGACCAGGAUGCAGGCUGGCUGAUAGGAGUGAAGGAAUCAGACUGGCUCCAGUACAGAGACCUUGCCACAUACAAAGGCCUCUUUCCAGAGAACUUCACCCAGCGCUUGGAUUAG